UAAUUUUAUUGUUAAUAUUUCACCAGGCUUUCGAUAUGUUUCGCGCUUUUAUUAACUUCCGUUUGAUAUAAAAUUCAUGAAUUUAUGAUGGGAUUGGCACAUUCAUCCGGAUUUCUUUUCAAACAGAUAACUACUUUAAAUAAUGGAACGAGUUAAAGAGUAUGUUACUCUUAUGUAUUCCUUUCUGUUGGCAAUACAUGUAUAUGCUGCUACAGUCAGUCAUAUUCAUACACAUACAGAGACGGGAGUGCGAAAAGCAAGUUCAACACUUGCUGGUUACGAUAGAGAGCCAGAAUCUAUCAACGCUGAAGUGACAUCUACUUCAACAGUCAGCACUUUUUUAUUGGAAAAGAAAGAUACCAAUUCUAGAAAGGAUCCAGCCUCCUUAAGACUGAUCCAUGAUUCAAAAAUGCGAGCUCUGGUUGACAAAACAGACAACAGUUAUUUGUCAAAGGGAGCACAAUCCUCUGAAAACCGCAAUUUAAUGAACAAACACAUAUAUGAAAGACAUAGCACUUACGGCGGUAGGGAAAACAUUUUGUCGACAGGCAAGCGCAAAAAUUUACAGCUUACUAAUAGAGAUGGAAAACAGAACUUUCAGAACUCUCUAAAAAUGAGUAUUCUAUCAGAAAAGAUGGAUCUCAAACAAUCGCCUAUAAUGAAACAAGUCAAAACUCGAAUACAUAAUCAAUCAGAUAAUAGCAACAAACCUUUGACAAUAAUGUAUAACAAGACGCCUGCAAAAUAUAAAGGACCAAUAUCUAACAUGGGAGGAACUCAUAUAUUAUUCCAGAAAGAGACCAACAUUUCAAAAGAGCGUAACAAAAGUGGCGGUAACCAGUUACCAACACCAGUAUGCAGCAUUACAGUUUAUAAUAGAAGCAAAGCCAUAUUUCGCUCGAACUUGAUUGCCGCAGAACCAGAUUUUAUCCAGUUUUCUUUGAAAAUCUGCGAUAAGUCAUCUAUCAAGCCGAGUGUUACUUCAAAUACAUUUCAAAGAUUACGAUGGUUCUGGACUUACAAUACCUCAUCAGGUCCAUUUCCUUUCCUGUCGUGGAACCUUGAUUAUGGUAUACUCUCUUUCCACUUGCUUGAAGCAAAAACAAUAAAUAUUCCAUAUGUAUGCGUUGCCAUAACGCCACCAGAUAAGCAUAGUAAAUGUGAAUUCACUUUCGGACAGCGUGAAACAUCUGAAGCUGUAACGAAGGCUCUAAUACCUCUUAUAGAUAUACGAGGGGGUGAUAUUAUAAAAUUUCCAGAAAGCUACUUUUGUUACCUUACAACACGACGUGAAAAAUAUUGCAAUACUAUGCACUAUUGGGCAGCAAUUUACCUCUCUUAUCCGAUGAAAUUUAUUCAUUAUACAUGCUGUUUAGUGGAAUUCAACUACACAAAUAAUAGUUAUAGCAGAAAGUGUAUUGAUGGAGAUAAAGAUAUAGCAGGCGUGCAUUCAUGGAUAUUCACCACAAAAUUGCCAUACUUCUUGGGGGUAUUGUUUCUCUUGUAUUUUCCGAUUAUGCUAUACAAAAUGACGGCCUGGUUAUCCAAAGACGAGAUUAUCCACGAAGACAUAACGUUACUUGAAAUGACGGAUGAUUUUGAAUGUCAAGAGACAUUAAAUGAGAACUGGUUAUAUGCUGACGGAUGUUCUCCUCUUACGUUAGGCGACCUGCUAAGCUUCAAAACAAUUGGAUUAGACCGUCAUCCUAUUCUAGUUUCAAGGUUGCGAAGGCUUCUAUUUGUUUUUAUGUUUCCCAUUUUUAUCUACAUUCAAAUUGCCAUGUAUACCGAGGGAAUGGGACAAUGGAGCACAGAAAAAAUCUUCGUAAGGGAUUUGGUAAAAGUUGGAACACCUAUGGGAUUUUUGUCUCUUUUCGGCGAUGCAGAAGAUAGACGCAACGUGUUUGUGCCUAUUCUAGGUGGGCCUUUGGGUGUUGUAGCGCUGUAUUACGCUUUGAGUCUUAUAUUUAUUGCCCUGCCAAGAAGCGUGAAGCAGGUUGUUGAAACAGGAUUACCCACUUCAAACCUUUUGAUAAAAUCACCACUAUUCUUCGGUACUUCAGAAAUUAUUGAAAUGUCGAGGAUAAAUGUCCAACUGGAUCAGAUGAAGCCUGGUUAUAUAAAGGCUUCUACACUUAUGAAGUGUAGAUUUUACAUGUUAUUUACAUGUGGGUUUUGGAAAGAGUUAUGGAACUUGCAAAUUGAAAGAAUCCGUUUUCUAUAUAAAACUGAAUCCCGGUGCUGCUUGGCAAUACUCUCAAUUGUAAUUGUUCCAUUGUAUGUUGCUUUAUGUUUUGUAGAGAUUGUGUUAUGCAUAAUGUAUCAUGGACUUCCGUUUUGUACGUUUGUAUCAUGCAUGAUUAAUGGCGGUCUUAAAUCCCUUCGCUAUUUAAGGAGUCAGAGCCUACUUUUGAAUGCCAUUUUCAAAUAUUACAUUACCUGUUACAUUGGAGUUGCCAUAGUCUUUGUCUCAUUUAUGGUUUACAUCUAUGUGAUAUUUUUGACUUUUAUCAUCAGUUUGGGUUUCAUUUUUAACGUCAUAACUCAUUGCUUUGUCGCCAUAAUCAUCUAUCCGUCAGUAUCCUUUGGUUAUUUAUUUUUCUUCAUCGUCCUUUUCUAUUACUUUAUCAAUUUGAUCAGGAAUUUUGGAGAUGGAUAUAUGGAAUUACUAGCGACGACAGUAGAUGUUUCAAGACAUCUAUCACUUGAUGAAUCCCGGAUAUCUGUAAGAGAUGGACAUUUAGAAAUAUCAAAUACACACUUUGAAAAUAUUGUUGAUAUUCGGAUCAAUGGAGUAGAAUUACAAAUUCCAUCAAAUAUUCUUCACAAAAUAGGAAAAACGAAAGUUGUGAAAAUAAAGGAAAGAGACUGUGCAUUUGGUGUUCCAAAAAAGCUAUUCGAAUAUAUUGUCACGAAACAUCGUCCAGUCCACCAGCAAGUCAUUAUUCUUUGCUUCAAAGCUGCUAUAAUGAUCACUUUUGUCAUCUUGACUUUCAGCAUAUCUGCAGAUUAUGUCUCAGGGCCCACAUCAGAGAUUUCAGAAGUAAUGCACGUAAUCUUUAUUGUUGCUGUUGGAGCUUUUCCUCAACUUGUACAAGCAAUUUUGUCACGUUCAAACACAUCGCUUGUGAACGAGGUAGAGGAAAGGAAAAUCGAAAAAUCUAUAAAGGACUUUUGGAAUCACGAAGCAACGCAUAUUAUAAAUCAGUAUGGUUACGGAGCAAUUUGAGGAUCUAGUUUUUGUUAAACAUGAAGAAAAAAUUAUUCUUAAUGCUGGCAAUUUUAUCAUUUGGUACUGAAUAGUCCCACAGUCCUGCUAAGGCUUUCUGUCCUUAUAGCAAAUGACGCAAAAUUACAAACACGGAUAUUGUUGUUUUUCAUAAUAAUCAAGACUGCAUAACAUCUGACCCCCUCUCAAACUUCCAUUUUGUUUACUUCCGUUUAUCAUUUUAAGUGACACACGGAAGAUUCCAUUAGAACCAGCGUAAAUUCACUUUUAGAUAUUUUAAUUGUUUAAAGGAAGCCGGGAUUAUCAGCCACGAGAUAGCUUGUAUAAACAACUGCUGUUCACGGAGUGACUCAGUCAAAGCAAAUUUGCAACAUUUUAAGAUUUGGCGUGUUGUGUCACCAUUUUGGUUUCUAUUGUAAAGAAAUGUGUCAGGAGAAGACAUGGGUAAAGAAUUAAGUUUUCGGAUUCAUCAUUUGCUGAUGUCCUCAUAACUAUAUUUCAAGUGUAUCUUUAAAGAAGCUGAUUUUAAAGUUUAUUUAUAAGUUGCAGGAAGUUAAGCUUACUGUUAAAGCGAGAUUAAAUUAAGACAUUUUAAAGUCAAGAGGUUGAAUGAAGAGAAGCAUUCGUUUGAAAAAAGGACAAACUGAAACAGGAAGAGAAUAAAAUAAAUGUCCGCAAUAAUAUUGUAAUUUUAUAAUUUUAAAUAUUCAUAUACACAAUGAAAAACAAACAUGUAAAAUUGUCGGCACGUGAUCAAAUUUAAGGCUUGAUAGAUCAGCUUGAACAUGAUUGGAUAUGUAAUAUGUAUAUUUUUAAUUUGUCCAUUUGUAUAAAUCAUGCAUUGUCUUAAUUAGGGAAAUAUUUUCUUGAUUCCUUAUCACUGUAAGUCAUUCUUGCUAUUUAUUAUAAGUAUACACAUGUUUAUUGAUUCAUAUCUUGAACGUCACGUUUUAACAAUUAAUAUACAUGAAGGGAAUUAAUGUUUGUGACAUCUAGAUUUUGAACUUCAUCGUUAACUGAAAUGAUUUGCCUUGCUUGAUACAUCCUUAUAAACAGUAUUAAUUAGACCAAUUUUGACAUGUUUAUCCUGCCAUCGUCUAAAGUACUGAAAUGAGUCAAAUAAUUAAUAUAGUCGCUUCCGUUCGUUCCUUUCACGAUUCUAAUUGAAUGUUAUAAAGCAAUAAUCUGGCAGAUUGGUGAUUCCUCGGAAGUGUUAAUUCUAACAAAAUCUGUACAUGAGAGAUAACGAAAAGUAGCAAUAUUCCUCACAAAAACUCACACGAAACGGUUUCUUUCUAGUCCCGGUUUUGAUGCUGGUAAAUUGUUCGUGCUAAAUUGUACAGGAAAUUAUAAUAAAAUUAAAAGAAAAGUGAAAUAUAAAUAUUAUCAAAUAGAAAAGGUUAAUCUUGCAAAUAUGAAUAAAACACCAUUCUCUGCGUAAGAUCUAGAUGAUUUUAGAUCUUUUAAUCACCAUGAUGCUUAUGUCAGUUUUAAUGAUUUUAAGACUUAUUUUGAAACGUAUUCAAUGCCAAAGAAUAUGAAAACCAUGUUAUCACAAGGAAUGCUUUAUUUGAAUGUACACAGAAUCUUGAUACAUAUAUUAUGAAUAUCUGUUGAACUUGAAUAUUGUUAUUGUACAUUUAUAUGUUCGUUUGUCUGUGUUAACUAUUUAUAUCAUAUUA